AUGGUCGGCCUCGUCAGGCUGUUCGCAUUCACCGCCCGGCGCAUGGCAUUGAUAGUGGCAGCCACGUGGCAUGCUUACCUGCAGAGAAAGGUCUCUGGAAUCGUCGCCUCUGCCUUGCGAAGGCCUUUUGCCAGGCUCCAGGCAGAGCUCACGUCUGCCCUUCCUAGGCUGUGGGGAGCCGUCUCGAACUUGAACCCGCGGCUGGGUCGGGUGAAGGAACUCCACCGAUGCGCCAUGAACGCCCGCGGCGCCAUGUGCCGCAAGGCACGUCAGCUGGAUGAAACCGUUGAAUGGCUGACAGAAACGGUUUUGAAUCUCGAGGCGAUAAUCAGCGAGACACGCCGGCUGGCGAUCAUCAGCGGUGGGGCGGCUCAGCUUAACCAUGUAACCACCUUGGAUGGCGGAAGAGCACGCCCGCGCUGUGGCCAGGCUUUGGGCCGAGUGCGAGGCAAGGGAUGCGGCGCUUCGAGACGAAUGCGAAACAAGAAUCGCGGCAGCGUGCGCAAGAAUGGCGGCCGAGAUUCGGGCCGACUUCGAUGCCAGGCUACUGGCCAAUGCCGACUGGAGAUAGCUACAACAGGUGAACCCUUUUUACAGAAUCACUUCACGUACGAACAAACUCAGACAACGCCAGCCGCAGGCGGAAGGCUGAGGUUGGAUCCUGAGAAACCUUGUCACCCAACUGUGCGGAGAGUACUCAUCAUGAGCGAGGUCUGCCGGCACCUACACGAUGACGGCCUCAAGCACGAGCGCCGCGGUCGUGAAAACUGCAAACUGUCCAAGAACGGGCAGGGUGCACUGUUCACCAACACUAGUACGCUUUGCAUGUGUGCGAGGGAUGAGAUCGCGGUGUACCUGUCCAACGGGUCGGCAACGUCAGCUGCCUCCGAGGGUGAAGGCACAACGCACCUGCAGCAGCAACAGCAGCAUAAGGUCCUGCCGGCUCCUGCCGGCACCACGUCCGCGGACUCGAGGGCUGAAGCCCGUAGUGCUGCCGCCCACGUUGACGCGCCUCUUGCUCCGAACUGGAGCAAGCGCCACGUGGGAGCGGCACCAAAAAGACUCGGGAAGAGAUAG